GCACCGCGAGAGCGUGCCGGGCACUCUCAGACUCCCCGCGGGGACAACCGUCUCUCUGUCGGCGGACCCCUUCCCUCCCCGCCUCGGCGAAACAGGCUCGUGGCAGGGCGACGGUUUAAGGCAGCGACGAAACGGGCUUGAGCGGGCGGCGUCUCUCCUGCAGGGGGAUCCGUCCUCGGUGGGACGCCAAACAUCUGCCCUCCCGCGGCGCUCGAGACCGGGGUGGCGCGGCGUCCCCGGCCGGCCGCGAGUAGAUUCCUGACGGAGGAUGCGCCCUGAGCGGCCAGAGAGCCCGAGCGGCGGCGCCGGGCGCGCGGACGGGGGGAGAGCCGGGCCGGGUUCCCGGGAGCGCGGGCAAGGCUUGUGUUUUCCAGACACCCUGGAGUCCCCUCAGGCUAGCCCGGCGGGCGCGCACCUGCCAGCCGACCCUGACCUCGAGGGCCAAGCGGCCCCCGAGCCUGAGAAGAUGGCCCAGCCCAAGACCGACUGCCGCUCACCUGUCGGUCUCGACUGCUGCAACUGCUGCCUGGACCUGGCCCACCGGAGCGGGCUCCAGCGCGACAGCAGCGGAGAGAACAACAACCCGGGCAGCCCCACCGUGAGCAACUUUCGGCAGCUGCAGGAGAAGCUAAUCUUCGAGAACCUCAACACCGACAAGCUCAACAGCAUAAUGCGGCAGGAUUCGCUAGAGCCCGUGCUGCGAGACCCCUGCUACUUGAUCAAUGAGGGCAUCUGCAACCGCAACAUCGACCAGACCAUGCUCUCCAUCCUGCUCUUCUUCCACAGGGGAGAUGGAGAGCAGCUGCUCACAGCUUAG